ACCGCAGCCUCCGCCUCACAGGGGGCGGGACACGGGGAUACACCGAGGGGGGGCCCCGAUCCCGACCCCCGCCAGGCCCGAUGCGCCGGUGACAGCGGCGGCCGCCUCCUCUCUGCUCUUUGUUCCCCCCUCCCCGCUCCCCGCCUUCCCGCCCCUCCCGGGGCUGCGGCGGUGCCGUUCCCAACCGGGGCCGCCGGGGGCGCCCGUUCCUCCCCCCCCCCGCAGACACCGACAGACCCCCCCUCUGCCGGUGCCGGGACCCGCCGGCGGAGCCAGGCCGGUGUUGUGGGGGGGGCAGAGCCAUGAGCGUGAGCUGAGACCCCCCCAGAGACCCGCAGCCAGCCCGAGCGCCCCCUGCCGGCCGCACCAUGCGUGGCGCGCCGCGCUCGUGCGCGCUGGCGGUGGGCGUGGCCUCGGCGCUCGCGCUGCUGCUGCACCUCUGGGUGCCCGCGGGCCCCCCCAGCGUGGACCUGCGCGACCCCCCCCGCCUGCCGCCCCCCCCGCGCGGGCCCGCGCGCGCCUACCCCCACGUGCCCUUCCGCCUGCGCCGUGACGUCAUCGAGCUGCUGCCCGGGAACGGCUGCUCGUGCGCAGCGGAGCCGGGGCCGCUCCCACGGCAGCUCUUUGGGCCGGGCCGUGGCGCCGUCGACUUCGGCAGCAGCUUCGGCCCCGGCGAGCGGCGGCUGCAGCAGCAGCGGGAGCACGAGUUCCGCUCCUACCGCCGGCGGGUGCAGUCUCCGGCCGAUCGGCUCCUCAUCGUUCGCGCCAACUCGCCCCUGGAGUACCCGGCGCAGGGGGUGGAGGUGCGGCCGCUGCAGACGGUGCUGGUGCCUGGGCUCAGCCUGCAGGCGCCGGGCAGGGAGAGCUACGAGGUGAACCUGACGGCCUCCAUGGGGACCCUGGCGGUGGCCGCGGUGGUGGAGGGGGUGUCGCUGCGGGGCGAGGGGCAGCCCCACCUCUCCAUGGCCACCACCCACCUGGACCACCUCAACCGGCAGCUCCAGUUCGUCACCUACACCAACACCCUCUUCCACCCCGACACCGCAGACAUCGUGCAGUUCUGCACCCACGGGCAUGAGGCCGCCUUCGCCAUCCGCAUCCGGCACCCGCCCGCGCCGCGGCUCUACGGGCCCGGGGACAGCGACGGCGACGGAGGGUACAACGUCUCGGCUCUGGUCACCAUCGCCACGAAGACGUUCCUGCGCUACGAGAAGCUCCGGGGGCUCCUCUCCAGCAUCCGCCGCUUCUACCCCGGCGUCACGGUGGUGGUGGCCGAUGACAGCCCCCGGCCCGAGCCCCUCAGCGGCCCCCACCUCGAGCACUACGUCAUGCCCUUCGGCAAGGGCUGGUUCGCAGGGCGGAACCUGGCAGUGUCCCAGGUCACCACCAAGUACGUGCUGUGGGUGGACGAUGAUUUCAUCUUCACGCCCCGCACGCGGCUGGAGAAGCUCGUGGAUGUGCUGGAGAGAACCAGCCUGGACCUGGUGGGUGGCGCUGUGCGGGAGAUCACGGGCUUCACCACCACGUACCGGCAGCGGCUCUCGGUGCGGGCGGGCGGCGCGGGCGGGGACUGUCUGCGGGCCCGGCCCGGCUUCCACCACCGCCUCGCGGGGUUCCCGGACUGCGUCGUCACCGACGGCGUCGUCAACUUCUUCCUGGCCCGGACGGACAAGGUCCGGCAGGUCGGGUUCGACCCGCGGCUGCGGCGCGUGGCACACCUUGAGUUCUUCAUCGACGGGCUGGGGGUGCUGCACGUGGGCUCCUGCGAGGACGUGGUGGUGGAUCAUGCCUCCAAGCUGGCGCUGCCCUGGCGCCGCUCCGAGGGCGAGCGGCAGUACGCGCGGUACCGGUACCCGGCGGCACGCGACGACAGCCUCAGCCUCAAGCAUCGCCUCUUCUUCUUCAAGAACCGCUUCAAGUGCAUGGCCGGCAACUAACCCCCCCACCCCCCCGGCCACCACCGGCCACCCGCCGCGGGGACAACCAGCAUGGGCCACCCAACGGGACUCCACAUGGGCAAACCCAUGGGUCACCACCCCGGGGGGGGCAACCGUCAUGGGACACCAAAUGGGCCACUCAAUGGGCUACCCCCUGGGGGACAUCCCAAUGGGACACUCCACAGGCUAACACAUGGGCAACCCCAUGAGCUGCCACCCCAGGGGCAGUAAGCUGUGUGGGGCACCCCAUCGGCCACCACUCGGGGGACAACCCCAUGGGCUGCCACCGUGGGUCACAACCUGUGGGGCAGUACCCAUGAGCCAUCACCCCAUGGGCACCCCAAGGGGCCACUCUUUGUGGGGGGGGGGGACAACCACCAUGUGCCAUCCCAUGGGUCACCCCAUGGACCACCCUAUGGGCCACCACCUGGGGGGAGGGAACAGCCCCAUGUGCCACCCCAUGGAUAACCACCCGAGGGGGGGGGGACACACAACCUCAUAGGCCACCCCCAUGGGCCACCCUAUGAUGGGCCACCCCCCUAGGGGGCCCUAUGGGCCACCCCAUGGGGGGGGGACAGCCCCAUGGUCCACCCCCAGUGUCCCCCCAUCUCCCCCUAUGUCUGCCCCGUGCCCCCUCCCCCCACCCCCCCGUUUUUAGCUCUUUUCUACUGUGGGGGGUGGUUCCGGCCCCCCCCCACCGGGGCACCCACGUGACCGGGGCCCCCCCUUUUGUGCCGCCCCCCCCAGUUUUCUAUUGUCCGGCUCCUCCCGCCGGGGGGCCCCCCCCCGGACCUCAGGGGGCGGGGCUGGGGGCGGGGCUUCACAUCCCUCCCCCCCCUCCCUUUUCUACCCAAUGGAUGGAGAGAUUUUAACCAGA